AAAUUGCUGAAAUGCUCUUCCACACAUAAUGACGCCUACAACUACAAGUUUGUCGUUCACUUGAUUGAUAUCUCCUCUUUUCUUCAGUGUUCAGUGUUCACCGUAAGCUCAAACUGCAGUCCUCAAUCAUGACUCUAUUACCCGCCGUCGCCCUCGCCUCCGCUUCAUCGUCACCAUGGAUUCUCAGAACCUCUCCGCUCGAAAUUGCUACUUCUCCUGCAAAAGUUUCUAAACUCUAUUUUUCUCCCCUUUCUUCCACCUCGUCUUGUCUCCGUGUAGUCUGUCGGGGAGAAUCGCAACCGGCCGACCUCAAAUUCGUGCUGCACCAUGCCUUGGAUUCCUCUGGAAUCGAUACCACUCAUGCCAGAGAAGCGAGGAAGGGAUUUUUGUCGCAGAUUGAGAAAUUAACGAUUAUAGAGAGGGAAACAAGUAUCAGCGUAAAUAGACGUGUGGAUUUGGGGAAAACGGCGCUUUACAUAGCAGCUGAGGAUGAUUCCCUUGUAUCUCACUCUUCGGUUCCGCUCCCUGUGGAUUCUUUCAUUGAUAGAUUGUAUGACCUAUCCAUGUGCUUCUGUUCUGAUUGUAGCUCGUCCCUCAGGUCUUCUCCCGAGAAAUUUCUUGAUAGUUUAGAGAAAUAUUUGUAUGUCAAGAAGGGUUUUAGAAGAAGCACUGGAGGGAAUCCAUUAGACACACGAGCUUUGUAUCUUCACUCGGUUUUGACACAUCGAUCAGGUUCAUCUGCUAUGCUUUCACUUAUAUACUCUGAAAUCCUGAAAGUGCUUCGCUUGUGGAGCCUUUUGGAUUUUGAUUGUGAGGUAUACUUCCCUCAUGAUCGUUAUGGCCUUCCCAAAGGAUAUCAUAAACAGAAAAGUGUGGAGUCUGAUCAGCCACACAUAAUGACAACACAAACUUUUUUGCAGGAGAUUUUGAGAAAUUUGAAGGAGACUUUCUGGCCAUUUCAAAAUGAUCCCACUAAGAGUUCAUUUUUGAGGGCAGCGGAUGCUGCCAACUGUAUUGAUAGAUCAAGCACUGCUGAACAAAGUGGAUUUCAGCUUGCUUCUGCAAAAGCUGCCCAACACAGGCUCGACCGUGGUGUGUGGACCAGUGUAGGCUUUGGGGAUAUGAGACGUGCUUUAUCUGCAGGUGAACGUCUAAUACUCCUAGAAUCUGAUCCAAAAGAACUAAGAGACUACAGCAUUCUUCUGUACCAUUGUGGGUUUUAUGAGCAAUCACUACAAUAUCUCAAGUUUUAUAUGGACAAAAAGAGUUCUUCAUUACAAAAGCAACCUACUGAUAAAUUUAGCAACAUGGAGGAAGAUGCUGUCGAGAAAUUGAUGACACGCCUCAACCUCAUUUCAAUGGAGGAUGGAUGGAGCAAGCCAUCACAUGUUAGAAAUUUUCUUGGCAAUAACUCUGAACCGUGGUAGAGCCUUGUGUCUCACACACAGAAAGAAAGCCCUAUGUUCUUAUCUCUCACACCACAUCUAGAUCUUGCUAGGAAAAGGUUGGCUUGUUAAACUCAAUUCUUCAUGUCUGCAACGAAUGGAGAAUCUUAGAAAGGGUUUUAUGUCUCAUGACAUUAGCAGCAAGCAUGGAACAUCAGCCAGUAGGAGCUACUAUCUCAAAUAAUAGCUCAAUAUCUGAAAUUUUAGGUGGGGGAGUGGAUCAGUUCGUUGGAUGGAGGUACUGUUUAUUAUUACUAUUAUUAUCUGUUUUUUCCCCUUGACUCUUACAGAAGUUAAAAGUCGCCAUGCUGUUAAACAUUUAACAAUAUUUGUAAAUAGUUUUAUGUAUAAUUAUUCCUGCUUCUGACAAGGAAAUAUAGAAAAGUGCAAUCAUAACA